GUUUGUUAGACUCGGGCUCUCGAUCCCGUGAUACCACUCCAGCUCCUGUCGAUACAACAAGACUCCAUACGUCCCCACCCUCUCAACCAGCUCUUACUAAACAGGAGAUAGAGUCCAGUGUCGCUAUAAAGGUCCUUCGUUCGGUCUCAAGUUCUCUCCUUCCUCCGUUACUCAAUCAGUCCAAGGAGGAGUUCUCAGAGUCUCUUCAUCGUGAGAUUGUUGUGGCUAUACAAAAAAUAUCGUGGAAAGUUGAGGCCUGCAUUUCUUAUACACACCCUGACCUUGAUCUCAAUAUUCACAAGAAGAUAUUCGAUGAUACUCAAAUUGGACUAGUCGGUGGAAUGAUGGUAGCUCCUCCUCCUGAGGAGCACAAGCUUCAAAACUCACCGGCCCACGUCUCGAGGCUAAGUACUAAGAACGUGACUACUCCUUCUCCACUACGUUUUGUUCAGAGUUAUCCGGAACAGGUCGUGAGUUCUACACUGUCUUCUCCAACGCCUAGCGAUGAUGAGUAUUUCCGUCCUAAAGCGAUGCGAAGAACGACCGUGUCUAUAUCAAAACAUCAAGUCCAGAGUCUUGGUCUCAAUAUUGUCGAUGUGACGUCAUUGGAUAAUACUUCACCGCAGUCACGUAGCAAUACUAUUGGUAUCAGUACAGCUGCUAGACUAGUACAAGAUGAUGGCGUGAUGGGCCUUGAGGCGAUACGAGAGAAGGUUCUACGAAAGCUAGCCAAAGAGUUCCCGCAGCUUAAGACUGAGGCAGAGAGCAUCGGAAUGAUAGAUGAGUCUUCUUUGUCGUUGGCGCCACCUUUCCCUCACCUUUAUAACGACAGGCGGAGCACCAGUACUCCUCUAACACUUUCACCUGCUCAAUCAACUGGCAGUGUCACUAAGGACAGCAGUCCGGAGUUUGUUGCGAGUCCUUCUACCCCGGGUAUCUCAAAUCUCAAGGAACGCACUAAAAGUUUAGAGUUUGAUUCUGUUACGGAGAUAAUGUCUCCGACCACACCCACUUCCUCUACCUCUCCCUUUCACCACAGUUCGUCAGAGACCCAGCUAAGAGGAGGUACUAGCACUCUGCCUUACAAGAGGAGGGGUACUUUGAUGAAGAUCAUGAAGAAAGGAAGGAAAGUGAAGAGUUUUGGUAAAGCAGAUACGAAAAUAAAGACACGAGCAGCCAUUCAUUCUCGCUUAAAGUCUGGCUCUGAGUUUUUUUCAGGAGAGGAUGAGUUCAAAUCAGAAUCCAUCGAAUUAUAUUCAAAAGGAGCUAUCCCCACAGAACCUCCUUGCAGAGAUUCUUUUUAUCUAAAUAUUGAAGUGCAGAGUAAAACAACUGUAACUUCACCGAGACGAAGGAAAUUCUCCGUUUCUAGCAGUAAAGCCAGUCGACCACUUUUAUCAAUGGACAUAAACAUUAACACUAAUUUCCCUGAAUUUGAUCUUCAAGACUAUGUUAUUACCAGGUCUUUGAAAGAUGUAACUACACUCUAUGACAUAUUUGCUGUCACAACAGUUGCUGCUAGUAAUCUUCCAGGCAGACCUGAUAAGAAGAGCAAGGAUUGGAGGCAACAGUCUGAAGCAUUCUUAAUGUAUGUAGCUCAGUCACAGGAACUUAGAAAUAUUCCAGAAUUUAUGGAAUUCAUUAAACCAGGAGAUAUGACUG